CCUACACCAGCCAGGCAGGCAGUGAGACUGCAGUCCAUUGGGACAGCUGCACUUGCAGCAUCGGAAACCCAGAUAGGGAGUGUGGCCAUGAGUCCCCUGCUGUACUACGCCCUGCCUGCCCUGGGUGGCUACAUCACACUCUCCAUCUUCUUCCUGCGCCGGCCUCGCCUCCUGCACACACCCCAGACUCCAGCCUUCUGUUCCCGCCUGGUGGCCCACCGAGGAGGCUCUGGAGAGCGGCUAGAGAACACCAUGGAGGCCAUGGAGAACGCCAUGGCCCAGAGAGCUGAUCUCCUGGAACUCGACUGCCAGCUGACGCGGGAUGGUGUGGUGGUGGUGUCACACGACAAGAACCUGUCUCGCCAGUCAGGCCUGAAUAGGGAUAUAACCAGCCUGAACUUUGAGGAGCUGCCCCUCUACAACAAGGAGCUGGAGGUUUACUUCUCACCAGGCCACUUUGCCCAUGGGUCAGAUCGGCACAUGGUGAGUCUGGAGUACAUGUUCCAGAGGUUUCCAAAGGUGCCCAUGAGUGUGGAGAUCAAGGAGAAAGAUGAGGACCUCAUUCACAAGAUAGCAGACCUGGUGAGACGCUUUGACCGCAACGAGAUCACCAUCUGGGCCUCAGAGAAGAGCUCAAUCAUGAAGAAGUGCAAGGCUGCCAACCCUGAGAUGCCAGUGUCCUUCACGAUAAGCCGAGGAUUCUGGGUGCUGCUACUCUAUUACCUGGGGCUGCUACCCUUCAUCCAGAUCCCUGAGAAGUUCCUCUUCUGCUUCCUACCAACCAUCAUCAACAGAACCUACUUCCCAUUUUCCUGCUCUGGGCUGAACCAGUUGGCAGCUGUGGUUUCAAAAUGGAUCAUCAUGAGAAAGAGUCUGAUCCGACACUUGGAAGAGCGAGGGGUGCAGGUAGUAUUUUGGUGCCUUAAUGAAGAGUCAGAUUUUGAAGUGGCCUUCAACCUGGGGGCUACUGGUGUUAUAACAGAUUACCCCACAGCCCUGAGGCGCUACCUGGACAACCAUGGACCUGUGGCUACAGCCUCCUAAGUCUGAGGCCUUCUCCUCUGUUUCUCUUCCUGAAAAAUAAAUAUUUACUUUUCAGUCACAUAAUUGUCCAUGGAGUGAGGGGUGAAGGAUGACUCCUGGAAGACCAUCAAGAUGGCAGAUAGGGCCCAGGGCCUGGGGCCCGGGCCUGG